ACUGCGAGCGCCGUUUCUCCACCCCCGCCGCCCGACGACAACGACGACGAAGACGACGACAACAACCACUACGACGACGACGAUUACUACUGCAGCAUCAUCAUUCACGCUGAACUGAGCCUGUCGGACCACAACUCCCUUAGUCGCCAUGGCGGACAGAUACUCCUUCUCCCUCACCACCUUCUCUCCCAGUGGAAAACUGGUCCAGAUUGAGUAUGCCUUGAACGCCGUCAAUCAGGGUGUGACCUCACUAGGAAUCAAGGCCACCAAUGGCAUCGUCCUUGCAACGGAGAAGAAAUCGUCAUCGCCGCUCAUUGACUCGCAAUCCUCGUCCAAGAUCAGUCUCAUAACGCCUAAUCUCGGCAUGGUCUACUCAGGUAUGGGUCCCGACUAUCGCGUUCUCGUAGACAAGGCGCGCAAGGUUUCACAUACUGGAUACAAGCGUGUCUACAAUGAGUACCCACCGACGAGGAUAUUAGUUCAAGACGUGGCGAGGGUCAUGCAGGAGGCCACGCAGUCAGGCGGUGUCCGGCCGUACGGCGUCAGUCUGCUUAUUGCGGGCUGGGAUGAUGGCAUUGAGCCCGAGGCCGAGGGCAAGAGCGACGAACAGACAAGUGAAGAGAAGAAGAAGGUCAGUGGCAAGACGGGCGGUAUUCUCAAGGGUGGGCCCAGUCUAUAUCAGGUCGAUCCCAGCGGCAGCUACUUCCCCUGGAAAGCAACGGCCAUAGGCAAGAGCGCAACGAGUGCAAAGACAUUCUUGGAAAAGCGAUACACGGACGGUCUGGAGCUUGAGGAUGCGAUCCACAUUGCCCUCCUCACCCUCAAGGAGACGAUAGAAGGGGAGAUGAAUGGUGAAACCGUCGAAAUAGGCAUCGUUGGACCGCCGGAGGAGAGACUACUUGGUGUAGAGGGAGUCGAAGGUGCUGUCGGCCCACGCUUCAGGAAGCUGAGCCCCUCCGAGGUCGAGGAUUACCUCACCAAUCUGUAGAUGGCUAGACGCCUUGCCGCACCACCCUUACUGAGUUAUGACCAAAGGCAUGAAGCGACUUAUGUAGUAUUUACGAAAACGAUGCCCCACAAUACCCGUC